AUGUUGAAAUCUUUCGAUGAGAAAUACCCAAUAGCGAAGAACAAACAAUUUUAUACCCAAAUGUUUUCGUGGGUUGUGACCGUCGGAAAACUAUUCAAAAAGGUCUUGGAGGAGAGUUUUAUGUCUGCUGAUGAUUCGAAGGCAACGGUUAGACUGUUCAAAAUUGGAAAGGAUUCUUUUGUUAUGGCUCAUGAGCUGCUCCAAUCAAUGAAAAACAAGAAUAUGGAUGUAUCGGAGUUCGAAGAGGAAGUUCUUCAAAUGUCGAAUUUGGCCACUUUCAAUUUCCGAGAAGUCGCUCAAAAGGUGAAGAUUGGAGACAUGAGGAACAUUGAGUUUAUUCGACUUAACUCCAAAGUAUCCACCACUGCAAUCCCAAUCCCAGCACCAGAUGGAACUUAUUGCGUCCCUGCCACCGAUGCUCUCUACGAUCUGAUCAGCGAUAUGAUUGUGGCCAAGAAAGUGUUACAGAGAAUUGAUCGAGACACAUUUGAGCACAUCCAACAAUUCUUCAAAUCUAUGGAGCACAUCUUCCCUGUCAAUGGCGGAGACUUUUUCAUCAGUUUGGACGACGUGGAAGUUAUCAAAGCAAAGUGGGAGAAGACUUAUGAAGAUCAUUUGAAGUCGUCAGCACCUGUCAAGCAUAUUCGGAAGGUCAGAAAAGGAGGAUUCACAGAAGAUGAUUUGGAUAAAGAACUGGAUUACCUGAAUCUUUACAACAGUUUCCCGGAAAUGAAGCGAGAGGUUGAAUGGGCAUACAAGAUUGUCACCAAGGAUCGGACAUCUGCUUUGAAACUUGAAGAUAUGCACUCCGCUGUCUUUCAAUGUCAAUUGACGAUUCUUUUGAUGAAACUUCCCAACCUUUUCAAAUUUCUGCAUAGCCAAAAAAUGUGCAUGAAGUGGGCGCCGUAUUUGGGAUGUGUUUUGUGCGAGACGUCGACACGGCCGACACUGAAGAAGCUUCUGAACAAGCCUUCAACAACCAAAGAAGAGAUCAAGGAACUGAUGGAAAUGACUACCGUUUCCGCGGUACCACAGCCACCAAAAGAAGAUGACGUCAUCGUUGAAGAAAAGGACCAAGACGUCUCAUCUGAUGUUCUUCCGAAGAAGAAGCGAUCCAGAAAGACAAAGAAAUCUGAAGAACCCCAUCGAAGCACAUCGGAAUCUUCUUCCUCUCCAGAAUCCGAAAUGCCAGAAUCCUCCAAGGAAUCCCAAUCUUGUCCGAAGUGCUCUAGGGCAAGCCAUUUUGCUGAUGUGGCUAAUGAGAAGCUGAGAGUAUCCAAGGUCGAGUGUAAGCAUCUGAAGAAAGAGUUGGCAAAUGCUGAGUUAGAAGUCGAAGUUCAGAAGCAGAAAGGAAUGGACAAAGAUGAGAGAAUCAGAUAUUUGGAAGAACUCUUGAAAUCUAAAAACGAUAUCAUCGAAAGACAAAAUAUGGAUCUUCUUGUAAAGCAAGACACGAUCAUGAACCUUGAGAUGGAAGUGGAAUCUAAUUACAACAUCAAUCAAGAGAAUUCAAUCAUUAUUAAAAAUCGUGGAAAAUCUCUCGCAGAGAAGGAUAAUAGAAUAAGGUACCUGGAAGCUCAACAAGCAUCGAAAGUGAGAAUCAUGGAACCAAUUAGAAGUGACGAGGAGACGGAGAAAGUCAGAGAUGUGCUCUUUAAACUUCUCGAGAUCCAAGGAACUCUUCGAAGCGGGAACCCAGUUGGAAAAUGCAGAGAACUUGCUCAACGAAUCUGUAUGAAGGCUCAUAACAAGGAAAUCGAGGAUACCACUAGAAUUGAAGCAAUUAAAUUUUGCGAGAAGGCUAAAAUCUACAUUCAAGCAGUCAACACCCAGUUGGAGAUGAUCCGUGGAAGCCGACUAGUCAACUCAGAAGAGAUUCCAGAACUGCCAGAGUUCCCAGCCCUCUCCAAAGGAUUCCUGAAGACAUACAAAGACAUCUUCAAGUCAGAAGCUCCAAAAAUCUGUCAGUCGCUGCUGAAGGCUCCAGCAGUGAAACCAGGAGAACUUGCUGACACUGAUUGCUUGAUCUGCAUCGAGGAAAUGGAAUCGGAGGAAGGAACUAUCAAAUGCGAGUGCUGUAAACGGAGAUAUCAUACCGAGUGUGCUCAAGAAUGGUUCAAGACAAAGAGAACGUGUCCUGCAUGCAGUUCAGCCCUUCUGGAUGAUUCCGAAUUUCCAACAUUGGGUCAAAGAUGGUAA